AUGAAGCUUUAUGUUGUUAGUUUGCUACUGGUGACACUACUUUUGAGCUCCUCACUUUUCGAAAUUGCAAUGGCAAAUACAAGUUUCUGCGACUCAAAGUGUGGGGUGAGAUGCUCCAAAGCAGGCUUGAUGAAGCGUUGCCUGAAGUAUUGUGGAAUCUGCUGUGCUGCAUGUAGUUGCGUUCCUUCUGGAACAUAUGGCAACAAAUCUGAAUGCCGAUGUUACAGAGACAAGCUCAACUCCAAAGGAAAACCCAAGUGCCCUUGA